CACACCCCGAGCUCAAGGGACGGGACGGAACCUGAAGGGGUCCCCGCCAUGACGUCCAUUUUUCAGCCUUGCCAGCCCAAGGCGCCGCAUUCCGGUCUGACGCUUUUUGAAAGCUCAACACCCAUCCAUCCAUCCAUCCAUCCCAUCCAUUUCUUUCUGGCCGUGUGAGCCACCUCUGUAGGUUUAUAUAGCAGUGCCCCUCCCCAACUGUUGCUUCGACACCUCCGUACUGCCCUGUCCGCCACAAGCGAAUACACCUCUCUGUCGCUGUCUACUACCCCGCGAUUCGGAUCUCAGACCCGAACAGGCGUUUAGGCCCUUUUCGACAUCCCCCCCUUUCGCUUGGCGACCGAAUCCGACCACCAGUCUUCCCCUCUUCUGCCUGCACCGAACGAAAAAAGACACGACUUGAUCGCCUCGGCAGUCGACAUCUAGGGCUUGUUUUUUGACUUCCCACUGCUCUAUCCGCCCCAGUAACGAUAACGGACGCCGCCGCGCCAUCCAUCCAUCCAGCCAUUCCCAGCCAACCCCUCCCGUUUGCGAAGAGACCUGGGCUACUGCCGCCUGUGCGAUACCGUGCGGAUUGCUUCUUGUCCUGCCCUCGUGUUGGACAAGACCUUGGAGGACGUCGAGCGUGCAGGGCAACAUCCGACAGACAGUCAGUCACCGUCUUACAGCCGCGGACUGGGCUUUAUUAUUUGGGUUCUGUGCCAGCAGCCAUGCCGUCCACAACCACACAGCGGCGCCUGGCAUCGCAAUUUGUCGAGGCCACAAAUGCGUCUCGUGAAAAUGCGCAGCUGUACCUGAAGAAUGCCAACUACGAUCUCAAUGCCGCUGUGAACAGGUCAGUUUCACUUCCAUUUACGCAUAUUCGUAUUAGUCUCCUGCUGUUCCCCUUGCACUUUGUCACCGCGCCGGCACUGUCCAAGUUGGUUGCCCUUGCCAUGGCGGUCCCCCCCCCACCCCCACUGGGUUCCCUGCUUGAAGCGGCUCCCAUCCCGGAGACGGGAAAAUAG